AUGAAGGCGUUCAUCCAGAAAACGGUUCAGGAUUCCAUGACCUCGUGGCAGGCAUCUCUGGACGCUAAGGCUUCCUCGUGGCAGGUAUCCUUGGAAGCUAGGGCUUCUUCGACUGAUUCUAAAAUUGAGAAUGUUGAAAAGGUCACGUCUCAAACUCUAGAGAUGGUGCAAGCCAUGUCUGUCCAGAUAGAUGAGUUGGCAAUAGUCAAAGUUGUUGCCCAUGAAGAACAGAUAAGAAGAGGUGAAGAAACGACCAGAAAGAUUCAGGCCAAUGAGGAAGAAAUGGCACGGCUAGCCAAGGAAACCGAAAUUAAUGAUGCGACGAGGGAUCAGGCAAAGAAAAGAAAAAGAGAACAAGUAGCAGCGGUUUUACCUCGCGUUGAACAAACAAGUAUUCAGACGGCUGCGAAUCCAGCCAGUGGUUUAAACAGUCCAAUUGCUGAUGAAGAAGAGGAAGAUGUUGCACCUCUGAAUCCAAUAAAGCGCCGCCCUGCAGCCUCAACCACACCGAUUUCACCAGCUCCAAUUCAAUCUGUCCGCUUCAGUGCCUGGUCAGAUCAAGAAACUAGAGCAGACUCGGUUGAACACUUUAUGCAGAGUCAGAGAUCCUCACCAUUCCAAGCUCAUGCUCAACUGAUGAGACACCAACAGUCGACUGGAUUCUCAGGGGAAAGUAGCAAUCGAAGGAAAGGUAGCAAUCGAGAGGGAACUAGUGCUCGUGGAACUCGUUCUAAAAAGAAACAAGUCCAAGGUGGUCGUGGUAGCUGUCAAGAAGAUCGAGGAGGUGGUCGUGGAGGUGGCCGCGGUGGUGGUCAAGGUGGAGGUGGUCAAGGAGGAGGUCGACUGCUACAUCUUAUACUCGGCGAUAAAGGACUCGAUAGCUGA